GCGGGGUGUCACCUCAUCUUUUCGGGAUUGACAAUUGUUCAGCCCAGCCACGUAAGUCAUGUUCCCCACCAGAUCUGCAAACUAAUGCAAUCCUCACCACAGCCCCCAACUGAGGGGUAUCUAUGUCGAUCCCACCGUAAUAUGUGAUUUAAAAAAUACAAAACCAAUGACCUACAGCAACUGCACUUCAAUCAUCAGUAUCAUUCAACGAAAAUGGUCAUGUAUACCGGGGGAGAAAGCACUGCGAUAAACUCGCCUCGUCAUCUUCCCCUUCGCCAUGCGAUCCGAAAGAAGGAGCAACAUUCAUCGACAAAGGAAUCGCUCAAUACGCAUGGUUCGAAGAGCACGCACCUAAAUCCUGGAGAAGAAGAGCUUCAUUCCUUUUGGGCACCGAGUCUUCCUGCUGGUCCACCUUACCAAGUCCAAGUCGACCAGACAGUAAAAUCACCAGAGGAACAACAGCCCCUUCAACUCAAGGGUAACAAGGAGUUUGUCGUCGAGGCCCCUCGUUUCACCUUACCGACCGGAUCGAUUUAUUCUGUCUAUCCACCAUCAGGAUACAGUGAGGACCAUCGCAUUCUGCCUCAUGUUGUUCUCAGCGAUCCGUUCUUGCCAUGGGAGCGACAAGGCAGUUCGAGACCUCCAGCCUCGCCAGUGACGCGCUGUCGCGUGCCAUGGCUGGCUUUGAUGGUGUUCACCCAGGAUGAACUGCGGUUGUCUCCAGGUGAGGUGGUUAGUGAUGGAGGGGACCUGUCGAGAAAGCAGUCCAAAAGCACACUUGCUACUCGAUUGAGCCUGAACGAAGUCUGGUCGCUCAAUGAGAAGGUAGCGCUUCCUUACCGAGAGGAGGACUUGAUAGGCGAGAACACCACAGCGGACUUUAUUUUCCUUCCCAAGAAUCUCUUCUCAAACAUAUUCCCGGUCGGAACGGAAUCGGACCGCCAAAGACAUGACGUAUCGUCUUACCAGUAUCUUUCCCACGUGCGGAAGGUGAAUACCGCCGGAAUGGCAGUGGCGGGCCAGGAAGAUACUGGAAUAUUCUCUAUCAUUGUUUCCCCUAGAUGCGGACCGAUUGAACCACUCCAGCCCACGACAGUCUCCGUUCAUCUGCGUGUUGCCCUUUGCUCACUGCAUAGUUGGAACUAUUCGAUACAACCACCUGGCACGCGGAAUAUUCAGGAUUCCUUCCAGUAUCUGGGCGAAAAUCUGGGCGUCCUUGGACCUCCACCUCGAAUUCUGAACAGUUUGCAGGCGUCAGACGAUUUGACCAACCGGUUAGCCAAAAGACUCCAAGAUGGAUAUUCAUUGGUUCGAUACCGAACCCAGACAGGGGAAACGACUGUUGCCUUUUUCCGAGGCCCCUUCACUCCAACUGUUGUGCCUCGAGAGACCCAGCACGACAACACCUUUGAUGCGGACUUCGCCCACUGCUCCAACUCGGGCCAGGAUUUGCAGAUUCUUGACCCCGAGGUUGGAAUCAUGGAUAUCACCUACUCUGUCGCUUGGCAGGUAGGUCGCAUGCUGGCCCUGGGCGAUCAGGCGUUUACUAUGGCCUUGAUGCGUAUCCGUAGCUCGAUUUAUAGUGAGACAAUGAAGGAAUGCAAAAGUUUGGCGCUCAAAGAAGACAAAAAUACUCACGUUGUGACACGCAGCGAACUUCUCGGUGCUUUGCGCCACAUACCAGGGCAAUUGGAUCAGAUUACAACGGAAAAGGAAGAUAUCGAUCGAUCAAACCGAUGGUUUCGACGACACUGGCGAGCGGGGGUUGCCUUGACUUAUACCGCACGUGGCAUUCGCAAGAGGUAUCUAGACGUCGCAGUCAAGGUAGCCAAGAAACUGGCCAAAUCCACCGAUGGCCAGAUUUAUAACGAGACCAACAAGCCACUCUCGGUAGACUGGAUGAUCCUCUUGAGCUGGGUCAUGGACCGACUCUUCCUGCACGGGGUGCCAGCGCACUACCUCAUCACGGACCCUAGCCAUCUUGAACCAGAACGAUUGAAAUUCUUCCAUAUUGAUUCCAACUGGACUGAUGCUAUGGUUGAUGGUGCUUUAAGCUUAGGCAACCACCGAGGCGAGGAUCGUGACCGCGUGGCUAUUAAAUACGCCUUGAACGAAUAUAUAUCCACGGCUCAACCUCGGCUGUCCUAUACCCCUCAAAUCCCCACAUAUGGUUUUUAUCUCCGGUCAGAUGUGGUUUCUAGAUUUCCAGAUCUCAAGGUUACCACUCUACCUGAAACCACAGAGCGUGCUCCUCUUCUACGGCACGAAAUUGUCUCUGAUGGCGUCAUGUUGGGUCUGUUUGACCGUGUCCCAGGUUCGCGCGACCUGUCGGAGCUGGUCUUCUCGCAACCACCCCACCAACAAUGUUUUGUCGCUAGCUCGUCCCUAUCCAGAGACGAGUUGACAGUCCGUAUCAGACGACAGUACACGGUUGAUUGGGACGAGCGCCAAAAGGAUCCAGCAAAAGAAGCCUCGAUUGAUCCUAGUCUCAUGCAUCCGGACGACUCUAAUCCCAUAUUUGCUUGGGGUACGAAGCAAGGCGCCAAUGACCUACGCAUUAUUCGGGCGUCUCGAUAUGCAGAUUUCCAGCUCAAGACUUUGCAUAAGGAAAUGGGCAAGUUCACAAGAGGUGGAGUUGAAACCAAAUUUUUUAAUGACGACACCGCGACAUCUGCUUUGCUUGCCUUGCAGCUCAGUGAUCCAAUAUAUCAAUUCCAUAUCUGUCUGGAUAACGUAUUUCCCAAUAAUGGUGAUGCCUAUGAUACAGGACUACGGACCCUGCAGAGAACAGUUCCCCCUCAGGUCAGUCCUGCAAGCAUGCCAUCUAUCACAGACCCGGAGCCAGAGCUUGAAUCAAAACCCACCAAAUAUGCCAGGCGUCAACCGUCCCCGUCACCAGAGACUACGUCCACAGCAGUUCCUUCGACCGCUAUUGCAGACCCAGAAACAACCCCGGCUGUCCUUGCAUCUACCUCCCAGUCUUAUAAAACAUACCAAGUCCCUCGCCCAGUGAGUGCUGUCGUACCCGCCAGCCAUCCCCAAUACAAAUGCAACAUCACCAGCGUCAACUCCGACACGAUCAAUGUGACGAAAGAAAACCUGCCCCAGGACCUAAUAUUCUCAAUCCAAGUCUCAAACAACUACAUCCCAGAUUACAAAAUCCAAGCAUUCGACAUCUGGAUCCCACUAGGAGAAGCCGACUCGCACAGCCCCAAACUUCUACAAACGUACCAGGGCCUACGGCCCACCAUGCUGAGCAACCUGCGGUUCAAUGUAAUCCACAAGUUUCCCAUGCUAGAUGGCAUACCACAUUUGCAGCUCACUGCCAUGCCACGCAGUAUGAAGAGGGUUGUCCCUGCUAACAUGGUUUCGGAGAUGAGCUUCGUGCUGGGUCUGGCGCAGGUUAAUCGGUUUUCUUUCCCCGAAACGCGGUUUCAGGUCAGGACGCAGGUGCGAUAUCGCUUGGAUCGGAUGCCUACUUUUGAUGGACAUAUCGAUGUGGUUGUUAAGAAUAUAUAGAUGCGGCCUUUCUAGGAUUUCUAGUCUGAGUAAUAGCAGCUGUAUCCAACGCUGAGAUAGUACAUUAUAAUAACAAGUUACUAGUACUCCUUGGCGAGUCAAAGGACGCAAUAUAGCGACACCCCGCACAUUUUUAACCAAAGGCUCCGCUAUCGUUCAACUACACUAUUUUUUGUCGACCAUUUCAUCGACCAACCAUUAGCUAAAUCAAGUAUAUGAUAAAGCAUCUAUUAGACCC